AGAAUCGUUGAAGGACAAUGGCAUCUGUUAAAGAUCUGCUCAUGGACUCACUGAAGGACCUGGUAGAAGAACUGGAGGAGUUUCAGUGGCACUUAGAGAGAGAUCAUAAGUGUAUAUCAAAGUCUGAAAUGAAGAAUGCAAAUAGGUUAAAAACAGUGGAUAAGAUGGUGGCAUGUUUUGGACCACAAGAAGCUGUGAAGAUCACUGUGGACAUCCUGAGGAAGAUGAACCAGAAUCAACUGGCUGAAGAGCUGGAGAACGAACACAAGAAAGCUCAGACCAAGGGCAAUACAAACACAUCUGUCCCUGUUGGAGCUGAUUCAGAGCUGCAAAACUUCUUGAAAACUCACAAAAUCAACAUGGAGAAGAAAGCACAAUAUAUAUUUGAGGGCAACAAAGAAAAUGACACAGAUCUCAAGGCUAUUUACACAGAACUCUUCAUCACAGAGGGAGAUAUGAAAAAUGUCAAUCAGGAACAUGAGAUUCUGAAGAUUGAUGAUGCUCUAAAGACCCAGAAAUCACAGGGCAAACCAAUCAAAUGCACAGAUAUAUUUAAUGAACUCAGGAAAAAGAAUGAGAAGAAAAUUGUACUGACCAAAGGAGUUGCUGGCAUUGGAAAAACUGUUUCUGUGCACAAAUUCAUCCUGGACUGGGCAGAAGGAAAAACCAGUCAGGAUAUAGACUGUGUGUUCCUACUCCCAUUCAGAGAGAUCAAUAUGAUUAAAGACAGGGAGGUCAAUUUCCACAAGUUUCUGCUGGAAUUUUAUCCUGAACUGAAGGACCUGGAGAAAUCGAAGUUAUAUACAGAAUCUAAACUUGCGUUUAUAUUUGACGGACUUGAUGAGAGUCGCCUGCCUCUGAAUUUUACAAGUAGGUCACUGAACACUGUUGAGGAAAGAUCAUCUGUAGAUCUGCUGUUCACAAAUCUGGUCAAUGGGAAUCUGCUUCCAUCAGCUCUGGUCUGGGUGACCUCACGACCAGCAGCAGCCAAUCAGAUCCCUCAUGAACAUGUGGGUUUGUUCACUGAGGUGCGAGGAUUCAAUGACCAACAGAAGGAUGAGUACUUCAGAAAGACAAUCACAGAUGAGAGUCUAGCCGAAAGAAUUGUCUCACACAUUAAGACGUCUCGUAGUCUCUACAUCAUGUGCUACAUUCCUGUGUUCUGCUGGAUCACAGCCACAGUACUUCAGUAUAUUCUCAUUGAAACUAAUGCAGAGAGCAUCAGCACAACACUCACGGAAAUGUACAUCCACUUCCUGCUGAUACAGAUAAACAUGAAGAACCAGAAGUACGAUGGGAAAAAACAAAAACAACAUACAAAGCUCUUACUUUCAAAUAAAAAAAUGAUUCUGAAAUUAGCUAUGCUAGCAUUUAAACAGCUGAAGCAAGAAAACAUUGUGUUUUAUGAGAAAGAUCUGAAAGAAUGUGGUAUUAAAGUGGGUAAAGACACUGAGUUCACAGGAAUGAUCGCUGAGAUCUUUAAGAAGGAAAGUGGGCUUUAUAAGACAAAGGUAUUCAGCUUUGUGCAUCUGAGUGUUCAAGAGUUCCUCGCUGCAGUGCAUGUGUUCAUCUGUUACCUGAACAAGAACAAGCAAGAGCUUCAGUUUUUCUUUGAAGAUUCACAAACUACGGCCAGACGAAAGCUUCAGUUCCCCUUUAGAAGUCAAACAGUCCAAUUUCAUGACUUAACAAAGAGUGCCAUUGAUAAAGCAAUGCAGAGUAAGAGAGGACAUCUGGACCUGUUUCUGCGGUUUCUGAUGGGAGUUUCACUGGAGUCCAGUCAAUACCUGCUCAAAGGCCUGAUCACAUGCAGUGAAGACACCACAGAGAGCAUCAGACAAACAACUGAAUACAUUAAACAAUUACAAAACAAGAACAUCUCAGAUGAAGCUUCAGUCAACCUGUUUUACUGUUUACUAGAGCUCAAGGAUCAUUCAUUAUAUGAGGAAAUCCAGAGAUACCUCAGUUCAGAUGCACAUCCAGGAAGAAAACUCUCAUCUUCAAUGUGCACAGUGCUGACCUAUGUACUGCUGAUGUCAGAGAAGGUCCUGGAUGAGUUCAACCCAAAGAGGUUCACAUCAUCACAAGAAAAUUACAAGAGACUCAUUCCAGCUGUGAGAUGCUGCAGAAAAGUCCUAUUUGAUGGCUGUGGUCUUGAUCAAACAUGCUGUGAAACUGUGUCUUCUGCUCUACAAUCAUCAAACUCCCAUCUAAGAGAGCUGAACCUGAGAAAUAAUCACCUGCAGGAUUCAGGAGUGAAGCUGCUUUAUGAUGGACUGAAGAAGAGUCCACACAGUCAGCUGAACAUACUGAGGCUGUGUGGGUGUAAUCUCACUGCUCAGUCCUGUGAAAGUUUGUCUUCAGCUCUACAAUCCUCAAAUUCCCAUCUAAAUGUGCUGGACCUGAGUAACAAUGACCUGAAGGAUUCUGGAGUGAAGAUGCUUUCUGAUGGACUGAAGAGUCCAAACUCUAAAUUGGAGAUUCUGAGAUUGUCCUUAUGUAAUCUCACUACUCCAUCUUGUGGGAGUUUGUCAUCAGCUUUACAAUUCUCAAACUCAGUCCUGAGAGAGCUGGACCUGAGUAACAAUGACCUACAGGAUUCAGGAGCAAAGCUUCUUUCUGAUGGACUGAAGAGUUCAAACUAUCAGCUGGAGAUACUGAGGUAA